CCGUGGUGUUAUAGUAUAGGUCGAUUUUUAGAAGUGUUUACAUAUUGUUAGUAUUGUUAAGUGCUUAUAAUAAGGCUGCAUUUUAUUUACUUAGAAUAAAAGUAUAGGGCGUAUAAUGGGCCUGCCUGCAACAAUGGAAGAUCCCAUCCAAGUGAUCGAUAAGAAAUCGAAGAAGUCCAAGAAGGCGAAGAAGUCCAAAAAGGAGAAGAAAGACAAGACCUCAGAGACUGCAUCUAAACCUGUAACGGAAGCCCUUACAGAGACAGUAGAGGAAGUUGAGAUCAAGGAAAAGAAGGUCAAAAAGGACAAGAAAGACAAGAAAAAGUCCAAGGAAGACAAGAAGAAGCGCACUCAUGAUGACACCACGGAUGGCACACCAGCCAGCACAGACGCUUCCAGUAGUGGGGGGCGUGUAGUCGAGAUGAUGACCAAGAAGGCUAAGACCGAGAGCUCGGGAGGUGCUGGACGGGAUUUCUACAAACUCGCUUCAACACUCGAGAACGCUACACAAGCUGAGAUUAAAGCCUACAGACAAGAGCGUACAAUGGCCUUGGAGAACGUUCCCGUAGACAUCCGACCUAUCCGUACAUGGGAUGAGGCAAGUGAUAGUGUUGACGCUAAGUUGCUGAGCUACUGCCGACAAUUCCCUAGUCCCACGCCCAUCCAGGCACAGGCUUGGCCUGUAUGUUUGAGAGGUCUCGAUAUGGUUGGGGUGGCUCGGACAGGAUCUGGCAAGACGGUCGCCUUUGGCGUACCCAGUAUGGUACAUAUUGCCGCGCAACCCAAAUUAGGGCAACGCCCAGCUGAUCGCGGGCCGAUUGUGCUUGUUGUUGCACCCACGCGCGAGUUAGCGUGCCAAAUAAACGAGGUUUAUGUAGAGCUUGGUGCCAAGGUAGGUGUCAAGAGUGUAUGCAUUUACGGAGGAGUUCCCAAAUACGAGCAGAAGAACAUGCUGAAGGGUGGGGCGCAUGUGAUAGUCGCUACACCAGGCCGUUUGCUGGGUCUGAUGGACGAGGGUGAUCUGAGCUUGAAGCGUGUGAGCUAUCUCAUCCUCGAUGAAGCAGAUCGUAUGUUGGAUAUGGGCUUCGAGCCGGAUAUGCGCCGUAUAGUCGAGGCUAUCCCCACAGCCAACAACCGUCAGACCGUCAUGUUCAGUGCCACGUGGCCCAAGGAGAUCCGAGAAUUGGCUGGAGAGUUUAUGAAGAACCCUGCCAAGGUAACUAUUGGCAGUGAUGAUCUGCAGGCUACCACCAGCGUGACUCAAGUCGUGGAGGUUAUAGACCGCAACGAGAAGGACAAGAAGCUGACUGCACUGAUGAAGAAGCACCACAACGGCAAGAACAGGAUUCUGAUCUUUGUGCUGUACAAGAAGGAGGCGCCCCGAGUGGAGCGCUUCUUGCAGCAGAAGGGGUACAAGUGUGGGGCGGUGCACGGUGAUCUAAACCAGUACCAACGCACAGAAGCCGUCGACAAGUUCAAGGAUGCGAAGCAGCCUAUCUUGGUAGCCACUGAUGUGUGUGCGCGGGGGUUAGAUAUCCCCGAUGUAGAGGUGGUGAUCAACUAUUCGUUCCCUUUGACCGUGGAAGACUAUGUGCACCGUAUCGGGCGUACGGGUAGGGGUACCAAGAGUGGGCAUGCACACACCUUCUUCACGAUCAAUGAUAAGACCCUUGCCGGACCGCUGUGUGAUGUAUUAAGGGAGGCGGGUUCGGAGGUGCCGGAUGCGUUGACUGCGUUUGGGUAUGCGCCAACGAAGAAAAAGGAACACGCCAUGUAUGGCGCACACUUCAAGAAGGACGAUGAUAUGCCCACCAAGGCCGCUGUCAAGAUGCGCUUCGAUUAAGUGGGGCUGGGCUGGCUGUGUGCUAGAUACGUAUGUAUGUAUUUACAUGCACAUGCUAUCCCUCUAUAUGUAUAUAUAUAUACUCGCAUAUACAUACAUAUAUAUAUGUAGUAUCUGGCGAGUCCUGGAAUACUCGAGGGAGAUUGAGUUUGGAAUGCGUUUGAAAAGUGCACUCGCAUAGUACGCAUGUAGUAUCUCAGAUCGCACUACUGUACGGUGUGCUGCAGCAUGUUUAACCAGCACGAUGAUGGGUAGACUCAACAUAGCGAAUGUCUGAGCAGAAAGUACGUUAAAUCGAACAGAGAUGAUAUGCCGAUUAGGCCUGGCCACUGAUGCCAAGAUGUUGUCCAUAGAUGCAACAGUGCAUGUUAGAUACAUAUUGUACAGGGGCAGAUAUGAACAUAUUUGUAUAUGUAUGGAUAUCGUAAAUUAGUUGUAAAGUGAUCUAUAUAUAAAUGUAGAGUUCUAUAAAGUUGUUCUACAAUAUGCAA